GAGCCGAGAGAGCGCGGCGAGCGGGCGGCGGAGGAGCCGGAGAGAGCGGGCAGCGCCAGAACUGGCAUUUCUCACCGUUUUAAACGAGAAUUAAGGACGAUUUGAGCUGAUUUCCCCCUAAAAACGGAGGCUUGUACUUGUUUUUUCAGCGUGUUUUGGCAGUUUUGUGGAUAUCAGGCGCUGUUUGAGGGGUUUUAACGGCGGGAAAGCUCGACUGGAGCAGGAUGCGCGGGGACUGCUGACUUUACUUAGAGGGUCUCCAGCGCAGGAAAACAAAAGAAGGGGGUCUCUUCUCCUUUGCUGGACUGUUGUUGGACUAUGUUUGUGUGGAAAAAAGUCUCGCCGUUCUGAAAGGGCCUGAUCAGAUUAUGAAGAUUUCAUACUGCUGUGUCAAUGACGGGUAAGAUGGAAACACCCUUCUAUCACGAUGACACACCGAGCGUUUCUAACUUUGGGCAACUUCCAGACUACGAGCGAUAUCAAACCCACAAGAUGAUGAGCAAGAAGAGCAUGGCUGUGCAGAAUUUCCACGGGGCGGUGGGGAGCGCCUCCGGCCUCAAGCUGCUCCAGGGGCCGGCCGGGAGCAACGGAAACCUCAACCCCAACGGUCUGGGCAUUGGCGGCAACCCUAACGCCUCGCUGAUGGCCGCGGCAGACAUGAACCUGCUCAAGCUCUCGUCUCCCGAUCUGGAGCACCUGAUCAUCCAGUCUAACCAGGGGCUGGUCACGACAAGCCCUGCUCCCAGCUCCUCCGGCAACCCUUUCAUGUACAGGAACCAGGCCACGAACGAGCAGGAAGGCUUCGCCGACGGUUUCGUCAAGGCUUUGGCGGAUCUGCACAAACAAAACCAGCUGGUCGGGGCGCCUAUGUCGCCAUCCUCCUCCAUACAAGGCCCCUACCAGAGGAACCUGAUGCAGAGCGGUGACAUGCCCAUAUACACCAACCUCAGCAGCUACAACCCCAACCAGCUCUCCGUCGCCUCCUCCUACCCCGGAGGUCAGAUCCCCUACGGCCCCUCGGCCCACGCCUCCGCCCAUUCCAGCCAGGGUCAGGGUCACCACCCCCACGGCCCUCGCGGCCUGGACGCUCCCCAGACCGUGCCGGAGGUCCCUCACCCGCCCGGCGGCGACCCAAACAGCUCGCCGCCCUCGCUGUCACCCAUCGACCUGGAGACGCAGGAGCGCAUCAAGGCGGAGAGGAAGAAGCUGAGGAACCGCAUCGCCGCCUCCAAGUGCCGCAAGAGGAAGCUGGAGCGCAUCUCCAGGCUGGAGGAGAAGGUGAAGGUGCUGAAGACGCAGAACUCGGACCUGGCGUCCACGGCCAGCAUCCUACGGGAGCAGGUGGCGCAGCUCAAACAGAAAGUCAUGAAUCACGUGACCAACGGCUGCCAGAUAGCCGUCAGCUCGGCCGGCAUGGCCAAAAGUGGGGAGAGCACCAGCUGCUGAGACAGUGAGGAUUUUUAUUUCUUCAUCCCUGCUUUCUCUCGCUCUCUCGCUCGUUCUCUCUCUCUCUUGUUUUGUAUCUCUCUAUUUCUUGCGCCGAACUCUCGAACAAAACUCUCGAUCGAUCUCCUCAUGAGCGAGUCUCGCGUUUUUUUUUUUUUUGUUGUUGUUGUGCUGUUGCGUGAGUGGCUGCGUGAGAAGAAACAGCGAGCAAGAAAAACGUGGAGGUGAGGUGAUGACGUGAGACGAAUGCAAUGCAGUUUUAAAAGCAAGUGGAGAUAAGUCAAUAUAAAAAGGAGAAAAGGGAGCGAAACCCUGGGGAAACCCUGCUUACGCUUCCAGAAACAUACAUAAAGAGAGAGAGAGAGUGCGAGAAUGCAAGAACAUGAGAGUGGGAGAGAGCACCAGAGCACGAGAGUGCAAGUGCAAGUGCGAGAGCGACAGCGUGAAAGAGGCGGCACACUGCGCUGGGCCGGGCUGAGCUGCCCUGAAAGCUGUCCGUCUCUCUGAAACUACAGACUUUGCUCUUUUUACAGAGAAAGAUUUAUUUACAGAAGAAACAAUCACAGACUCACAUCGUUUGGAAGAUGUUAUUAUCGUUGUUUGACUGCACUUUGAACUCUUUGAUCAGGUCAAAUAGUCAAUAGGGAAACUACGGACUGGGACACAGCAAUACUAAUAACCAAAUCCCCUACCAAACCAAGGGAACAGCACCGCACACUGCCGAGCGCGGACCGGGGGUUCGAAAGCAAGCGGUGACUCACUGCGGGGAUUCCUGCCCUCGAAAACAAGCUUUUCUCCCCCUGAGGAAGACUAUCAACCCAGAUAACGACUAAAAAGGCAAUUUUCCACUUCAAGGAGAUGGGAAUACAUUAUUUUCUCCUGUUCUUUUUUUUAUGUUUUCUUUUCUUUUUCCUCCCCGAUGAUCAGCGGCGAAUAACUCAGCUGCAGGGGCAACACUUGCUGUACGUCCUUUUUUUUCUUUUCAUCAUUUUUUAUUAUUGUUCCCAAAAACAUGCACUAUUAACGCUAUUAUUAAAGUCAGACCUGAUCACAUGGUUACACACGGAAACCUUCCCUGGGUUUUUCUGGGUCUUUACAGUUUUUUUUUUUUUACUGUUUUUUUUUGUGCUUUUUCUGUACAAAGUUGUAAAAUUGAAAAAUUAAGCUUCACAUUUAAAAAAAAAAAUCCAAAAAACAACCCUUUUUCAUCCCACCCCUCCCACAGAUAUCAGAUAUUGAUUGAUUGAUUGAUUGAUUAGUUGAUUGAUUGAUUAAUUAAUAAAUAUGUCAGCUGUAUUGUAACGUAGUUCUACAAGUGGAAUAAGUGGAACAAUUUCAUUGAAGUCCGCUCACAAGUCUGUGUCUCGAUAAUUACAUUGAAGCAUAUUGUUUGUAGUUCGUCUGUUGGUUUGUUUGAUAUUGUGCAAUUUGUGAAAACAGGAGGGAAAACUGAGAAACAACGACGACAGCUUUUCUACACAACUGAGAGUUCCAGCUUUUUUAUAUACGUAUAUAUAAAUAUAUAAAAGUAUUAAUAUUCUUCACUUUGAUGAGCAAGGUUUGCGGUACUGUGCAGCGUGAGGCACUUUUUUAGCGGUACCGGCAUUUAGCGUUCCACCAAUAUGUUUCAGCCUGAAUUCAACUGAAAGCUUCUCUAGCAUUCCAACAAAGACCUUUUGCACUGUAUUUUCUCUCGUGUGAUUUAUAUGGAUCUUUUUGUUGUUGUUGUUGUUUGCUUUGGGAGAUACAUACAUACAUUUUAACAGUGGGUUAAUGCUGUGUUAUUAUGUGCCCUAACGUUGUGUGCUAUUAACGCUGCUGUGUUAACCUUGAGAAGCUCUGUUUGCGUGUGUGUGUGUGAGAGUGUGUGUGCGCGCGUGGCGUGGCUCCUUGUGGCUUCUCGAUUUAAGAGCCGCCGUGGUUUUCACUCAUUAGGACACGUUAUUUUUAUUAUUAUUAGGCUUUUUUUUUUUUUUUUUGCGAAAGGGACGCGAAUGCAUGGGGUGUUCAGUCAGUGUAAAGACUCUGCUGUAAUCAGAGACGGCCAGAAAAGGGCUUUUGAUCAAUAGUAUUUUGCAUUUUUGUCAUUUAUUUUGUUUGAUCUCAUUCUUUUUUGUAAGGACUCUGAAGCAAUUUAUUUAUGCAAAACUUUAUCUAUGGUAUUUAUGUUGUUUAAAGUGUGUAAAAGAACUGUACAGGUUGAAAUACCUUUUCUUUGUUAUUUACUUUGUUCGUUUUGUUGUUUUUUUUGUUUGUUUUAUUUGGGAACUACAUAAUUGCACAUAAAUCGAAACAGUAAAUGAUGUCUAAUAUUUAUCCUUUGUGUACAGUAUAAUGGUUUUAAUUAUUUUGUUUUAUUGUUUUAUUAUUUUAUUGUUUUAUGUUUUUUGCGGCUAUGUUUUUUUU